AUGGCGAUGGCGAGCUCUAGCAGGAGACUGACUACAUCCUCUUCCAUCCGACCUCGCCUGCCAACAGCAUCACUGGCACAGCAAGUUAGCGUUCGCGCCUUUAUCCGCGACAGCAAUUCCGCUUGGUCCAACUCGUCUUCCUCGUGGACAUCCUCACCACCGCCUCCGGCUACCGGUGCGCAGUACGGCUCGCCCCAUCAUCAGAACUCAUCGCCUCAUCCUCUACCAGCCCGCGUGUUCUCGUCGCCAUCCUCUUCGUCCAGCUCCUCAUCUUCCUCCGCCUCGUCCGCCUCACCACACCCUCCGCAUUCGAAGCGCUUCUCGACCACAACCUCCCUCUACGCUUCGCACCACUUCGACACUCAAGCGUUCGCACAGCGUCUCGAAGCAUCCGGCAUCUCGCGUGAACAGGCCGACGUGCUCACCGAGUCGCUCCGCGACGUCAUCGACGAGAGCAUCUCCAACCUCGCCAAGGGUCUCGUCACGCGCGAGGAAGGCGACCAGACCAACUACACGCAGAAGGUGGAUUUCACGCGACUCAAGUCCGAACUGCAGCUGCUCGAGAGGAACGACUUUGCGCUCAUGAAGAGCGAAAACGAACGGCUCAUGGCCGACGUCGAGAAGCUCAAGCAGAGGUUGAGGGAGGAGAUCACCAGGACUACCGCCGGUGUGAGGCUCGAUCUGAAUCUCGAAAAGGGAAGGAUCCGUGACGAGUCGGCCGUGCACGCUCUCAAGAUCAAGGAGGUGGAUACGAGGAUCGAGUCGGAGAUCGCUGGGUUGAGGACGAGCAUUCAGAGCGCAAAGUUCAACGUCUUGCAGUAUCUUGUCGGUGUCGCGACCGGUGCCGGUGCCCUGCUCUUGGCCUACCUUAGAAUGUUCCGAUAG